AUGUCAUCCAGCAAUAACACAAGCAUUACAUCAGCAAUUAUUCAACUUCAAAGUGCUUUUCGAUAUUCAAGUCUCAUUUUAGGGUUUGUUCUAUUGAUCGUUGGUGUAUUAGGAGAUAUUCUUAACAUCAUAGUCUUCAUUAAAGUGAGAAAUUACAAACACAAUGCAUGUUCACUCUACAUGUUUGUUCGUACUUUUAUUGAUCUGUACAUUCUUCUUGCUGGUCUAACUACUCGAAUGCUUGCUACAGGUUUCCAGAUGGAUUUUACUUUAAUAAAUAGAAUUUGGUGUAAAACUCGCCUAGGGCUUAGCAAUAUUAAUAGUGAAAGUACAUAUACUUUGAUUUGCUUACAAGCUAUUGAUGCUUUCAUGUGUUCUUCUCCGUCGGCUGGCGUACGACAAAAGAGUAAUAUUCGAAUAGCACGAUAUUUAGUCAUUGGUACUCUUUGCUUUUGGUGUAUUCAUGAGAUACCUUACUUCAUCUUUCAAGAUCUUGUUAUCGUAGGAGGUACCCCCAUAUGUAUCACAACUAAUACAAUUUAUGCUCAGUAUCGCAGUUAUUUUACCGCUCUUUGUAUUAAUACUAUUAUUCCUAUUAUAGUGGUCUCUAUUUUUGGUUUUCUCACUGUCCGACAUAUGAAAACUAUCGCUGUAACAAGAACACUUUCUUCUCUUACAAGGCAAACAAUCAGCAUGGCAUUAUUUCAGAUAUUCGCUGUAUUAGUUUUUAAUGUUCCAUAUGCAGCUUCGCUAAUUUACCAAGUAAUUACAGCAAAUGUAGUUACAGAUACUUAUAGACGAGCAGUGGAACAAUUAAUUGCUUCAUUUGCUGCUACUUAUUCAUAUGGCCCAUAUGCGAGUUCAUUUUAUUGCUAUUGUUUGUCAAAAAGAUUUCGAAAUCAGUUGAUGGUUUCUGUCAAAGAGGUCGUUGGUGGUAUACGUACGAAUCAAGUAUUUCCAAAUACUCAAAGAAGUGGCACUCGUACUUAA